AUGCCUCCAAUCCGCGUAGGCAUCAUCGGCCUCUCUCAACAUAGCUGGGCAGCGAGAGCUCACCUCCCCUAUUUAACAAUAAGCCCGGACUACCAGAUCGUGGCGUUAUGCAAUUCCUCAACACAACAAGCCAAAGCCGCAAGGAAGUGUUUCAAUUUGCCUGGGGAGACGAGGAUUUAUGGUGAUCCUGCAGACCUCGCCAAAGACCCCUCUGUCGACCUAGUAAUCUGCUCCGUCCGAGUCGACAAACACUUCGCCGCCAUAGCCCCAGCGCUUCUUGCCGGCAAAUCCGUACUCGUGGAAUGGCCGCUCGCGCGCAAUCUCUCUGAAGCAGAGGAGCUUGUGCGGCUGAAGAAUCAAUAUGCCACGCCUCCAACCAAGGAGAACGGUCGGCUGGCGGUGGUGAACCUUCAGGGCCGCCAAGCGCCCUUCCUCCACCAAGUGAAGCAGCUAUUAGCAGAGGGGAGAAUUGGACGAGUAUUGAGUAGUUCUUUCAUCGGACACACUGGGGGUGGAGCGGGUGAUGGCGUUAUCACCAUAGAUGAAGAGCAUGAGUAUUUCACGAGAAAGGAAGUCGGCGGGAAUAUGGUGUCGAUUCAUUUUGGACAUUCGAUUGAUUCGGUUAUGCAAGGCAAGCUGUUCCUGCUUCAUGUUUUUGCAAUGUCUUUGGCCACGAAUCGCCUAGCCUACAGUUUCCUCUCCCCUCCAAAAACCAUCCUCGCAAAUCGCCAACAAGCAGUAAGACUCAUUUCUCGCACCUCCGGCGCCAUCAUCUCCUCAACCUACCCAAAAGAUACCGAAGAUACAAUCUCCCUCCACGGCACCUUAGCAAGCGGCGUCCCGCUAAGCUACACGAUGCGUGCCGGACCCGCAUUCAAAGACACACCUGGUCUAGAUUGGCGCAUCUACGGUUCAAAGGGGGAAAUUCGAAUCACGGCUCCAACGCCAUUCAUGCAGAUGGGAUAUGAUGGGACGAAAAUUGAGGUGUAUGGCUUUGCGAGUGAUAGAGUUGAGGAGGUUGCCGUGGGGAAAGGUGAGUUUGAAGACUUGUUGCCGAGUGCCGCCAGGAAUGUGGCUAUUGUUUACCGUGAAUUGGCCCAGAAUAGGGAGAGUUGUACAUUUGAGGAGGCGUUGGAGUUGCACAAGUUGAUUGAUGGGAUGUAUCGAGAGAAUGAUGAGGGAGCUCGUAAUGUUAAACUCUGA